CCUAAACAAACCGUAAAUCAGCUACGAAAAUAUUCGCUAGGACAAAAGUUAUCGUUUCAUUUAUAGCAAAGGUGAUGAUUGUAAAGUGAAACAAUCAACGAGGACAAGGAAAGAUAUCUAUAUUACCUCAAACUUCUAUCAAUAGAAAAUCUAAUAAUUGUAAAAAAAUGUGUAUUAUUAAAAAAUGUCGAUGAAAUAUUUUAAACAAUGAUUGUAAUUCAGUUAAAAAAAGCAGUUUUAGGGACAUAUGAUUAGAAGAAUACAUGGAAUCAAAAUGGCACGUAGACGUAAAAGUGAAAUGAAAUCAUCCGUAAAAACAUCACUUAAAUAUGUACCUGUUCGAAAAUCUAGUAGACAAAUAGCCAAAAAGCAAUUAGAAGAAAAAAAGAUUAAUGGAGAUGUUUUACAAAUAUCUUACUCAAACGACUCAGAAGAUAGUAAAAGUACCACAGAAUACCAAACCCAAGUACUUCCAAAAAAGAAUCAAAAUUCUUUAAGGAAGCAUAACAAGCAUAAGAACAUUUCUAAUAGUAAUGUACUUGCAAUUAAUGAAGAGUGUUCAUAUUCCACAACAUCCCAGUAUAAAAAAGAUGCUAGUGAAAGUGAUAGUCAAGAUGGAAUAGACAUCAUAGUUGAUCAAUCUAAUAAACUUAGUCCUGAAGAUGUUCAACAAGUAGUUGUUGGUAAUCCAAAUAAAGAAAUUGUAACUGAAUCUGAUUCUGCUGAAAUCGAAAUAUGGCCAGAAGAUGUAAUAGAAGAAACUGUAAUAUGCGAAGAGAUGGAAGUUAAAGAAGAACUUAAGGGUAGUGGUUGCAGCUUAAAACAAAAUGACAAUGUAAUUGUAAAAGAAGUACUAGUUGUAAACACUCCCUCUUUAGAAACAAAAAAUUUUGUAGAAUACACUGUGAUACAAAAUGAGAAUGGCAUGGAAUCCAUGUUAAUAGAAUCUGAUUCAAGAAAUACACCUACUAAUGAUUGUUACUGCAAUAUGCAAAGUGACGUGUGUAAUUUACAUAAAACAGGGAAUUCCAUGCCAGCCUUAUGUAUAGAUGUGCCAAUGACUUCUAAUGACAGAAAUAACAAAUCAACUAAUUUAGAAAAAUCAUAUACUCAUAGUAAGGAUAUAAUUAAUGAUCAAGGAGACCCAUAUGCAAAUAAAGAUGCAUAUACAAAAAAGUUGCAAACUUUAUCUAAAGAUGAUGUGUUCUGUAAGAUAGAUAACAAAUUAGCAGAUAUGCAAAUUAGUGAACCUUCAAAAGAAAUACAAAAAUUAGUUAAUGAUUUAUCCAAUACAGAAAACAUAAUGUCUCCAUUACAAAUUGCUGGAAACACAGAAAAGGUGAUACCAAUGAGUGUUGAUGAAGAAAGCAGUUCCUCAAUACUAGAUAAAAUGGAACAACUGCAUCAAUCAAAUAACUCUGCUAUAUUGGUUGAUAUUGUAGAGAAAAGUAUUACAGAGUUAAAUAAUGAUUCUUGCAAUGAUAAGGUAGACUAUACAAAUCAGCAUUUAUUAAAAUCAAAAGUAUUAUCAGAUAAAAAAAAUGGAAAUCAACGUAAAACAGUACAUUUGCAACAAGUUAAUGAGGAAUUGUAUGGUGAUAGUGAAGUGGAUAGCAAAAUUGAUGGGGAAGAUACAAAACUAUCUAGUAGCAGUGAUAAUAGUAAUGAUACACUAUUAUCUAUGAGUAACUGUAAAUUAACAGAAUUUGAUACAAAAUGUAAUAAUAAUUCAAAUGAUAUUGAUAAAAAGGUUGAGUUUAGAAGCAGAAGUGGUAGCACUGACACAACAGGUUCAGAAAGUGGAUCAAAUAGUUCUGGUGUAAGAAGGAGUAGUAGAAUUAGGUCAAUUGGUUUAAUGAAACAAAGAUCACGAGGACGUGGUUUAGUUAUGAAACCUAAUGUAGAUAUUGCAAAAACAAGCGUUCAACAGGAACGAGAAAAAGUAGCUAAUAAUGUUGUUUCAAUUGCUCAAGAAAUGAAAAUGGAUAAUAUAUCUGAAUCACAAUUAGAUAAAGAAACUAAUAUCAGUAAGACAGUAAAUACAUUUGAGUCUCUUACAUUGCUAGCAACAACUUGUAAUACUACAGGCUACGAUUCAGAUUCCUCUAAACCUGUUAAAGUAAAAUCUCGUUGGCGAAGAUCAAGUGAACUUGAAAUGGGUGGAUCAAAUACAGGGACUGUAUCUACAUCAGCAAUUGGAUCUGUAUUUGGAACUAUAAUUGCAAAUAUAUCUGAAUCUGGAUCAUGUUCAACUAUUAAAACCACAAGUGGAUCCUUAACAGAUAUUAAUUCUUCAGAUUCUCCAUCUGGAUCAGCAACAAUUACAAAUUUUCAAUCUAAUACAGAGACAGAACAAACAAAAGAGGUAUCGACAUCAGUUAACAAUAAUAAUAUUGUGCAAAUUCCAAAAACUGUGGGUGCAAGAAUUUUAUUACCUAUGGUUUCUGAAAUAAAAGACAGAGAAAUGGAAGAAAGGCUAAGUCAGUUUGAAUAUUUGCGUGAAAAUUUAUAUUUGACAGAAAGAUACACAAAUAAGGAGACGAAGAGAAUGGUAUGUGAUUGCUUUUUAACAGAGGAAGAAAUUGAAAGAGGAGAACUAGGUUGUGGAGAAGACUGUCUAAAUAGACUUCUUAUGAUAGAGUGCGGCCCUCGAUGUGUAGUAGGUGAUCGUUGCACAAAUAAAAGAUUUCAAAACUGUGAAUAUGCAAAAUGUGAAGUAUUUAGAACAGAAAAGAAGGGAUUUGGAUUACGAGCUAUGGUUGACUUGUUAGCAGGAGAAUUUAUAAUGGAAUAUGUAGGUGAAGUAGUUGAUCCAAAAGAUUUUCGACGUAGAGCAAAAGAAUAUUCAAAAGAUAAAAAUAAACAUUAUUAUUUUAUGGCAUUAAAAUCAGAUCAAAUCAUAGAUGCAACUCUGAAAGGAAAUGUUUCUCGAUUCAUAAAUCACAGUUGCGAUCCAAAUUCUGAAACUCAAAAAUGGACAGUGAAUGGUGAAUUGAGAAUUGGCUUUUUUAAUAAAAAAUUUAUAGCUGCUGGUGAAGAAAUUACAUUUGACUAUCAUUUUCAACGUUAUGGCAAAGAGGCACAAAAAUGUUUUUGUGAAGCACCCAAUUGUCGUGGUUGGAUUGGUGAAACGCCUGAGGAAGAAAAAGAAAAGAUUGAAAAGAAAGAAAAACGUGAGAAAGAUAUGAAGAAAAAGAAAGGUGAAAAGAAACAAGCUGAUUAUAUGGAAGAUGAAGAUUUGGAGGAAGAAAUAGAUAAACUAUGCUCAGGUGGUUUGAAAAAUAGAGCCCAUACAUUGACAUUAAGUAGAUUAAUGGUACGUAGCAGGGAAUUAGAACACAGAACACGGCUUUUACGUCUCAUACAAAGCGGAGAACAGCCAUGUCGAAGAUUAUUUUUGGAUUAUCAUGGUUUACGCUUGAUUUGGAGUUAUGUUAUGGAUAUUUCUACUAAUGAUUCUGAUGAAGCACAACAGUUUCGACUAGAAGUUUUGAAAACCCUAAAUACACUUCCAAUCCCCAAUAAAACAAUGUUAAUGGAUAGUAAAAUUUAUAAUGUGGUAGAAAAAUGGUCAAGACGAUUGUAUUUUUCUUUGAGUGGAGAUUCUCCUGAAGAUGAUCAAGGAAAAUCAAAAUCAAAUAGUGAUGAAUUGCCAGUUAAUUAUGACAGCAAUGAAAAAAGAAACUCUUAUUCAUUGACUGAUAUAGAAAAACAAGAAAAUAAUAUUGAAAUUACUGACAUAAAAUCUGAUAACACAGAUCAAAAUCUUAUUCCUGAAUUAGCUUUGAGUCUUUUAGCUGAGUGGUCAAAUUUAAAAGAAGUUUUUCGUAUACCGAAAAAGGAAAGAAUUGAACAAAUGAAAGAACAUGAGAGAGAAGCAGAUCGUGGAUACAGAGAAGAAUUAGAAAAAGAUGAAAAAAGAGGAACGUCGUAUGACAGGCAUAGAUCUGAUAGAUAUGGGAGAAACGAAGUAGAGAAACGUGGGGAUAGAAGACGAGGACGAGAAUCUCCAGAAUCUGAACAUACUCGAACAAAAGAUAAGAGAAUAGAAGAAAGAAGUAGCUUAGUUCCAAUUCCGCGAAUGACGAAAUACGAGCGCAGGCAAUUAUUUGCUUUAAAAGUAGCUAAAGAGGAAGAAGAACGACAGCGUCGUCAACAGCAAGAAUCGUGGCAAGAUCAUGAAACUAGAUGUUUGGCAUUAGGUAUAGAUCCUCAUACCACGGCUAUGGUAGACCCACAAACAGGAUAUCCUGUUUUUUACAAUCCAUCAAUUGGACAAUGGCAACAAUAUCCUACACAAGAUGGAGAAAUAAAUCAGCAAUGUACUUCAGUGUAUGUAGCUGGACCACAGGCAGUAUCUAGCCAUACUCAAUCCGGAAUGGUACCGCAAAGUUCACAUGUCCUAGCACCAUCAAUUUCUUCUGAAAUAUCACCUGGCAUGUCGAGCAACAUACCUUCAGGUGUACCUCCAGUGGUCUACACGUUAAGUCAAACGCCUGUAUAUAAUCAAAGCACAACAGCUUAUUCUUUACUGUCUCAUUGUCAUCAACAAUACCCUGAGGGCCAAUUGCCACUCUCGAAUAAUUUAGUUUCUAGCGGAACAUCGGUUCCGCUCCAAACCGAAUCUCUUUACGAACAUAUUGAAAAGCAGUCAGACCAACAAUUUUCUGCUACAUUCAGACAAUCGCAGCCUGAAGCACCUCCUAUAGAUUUACCACCCAAAUGGAAGAGUGCAACUGAUAGUAGAGGCAGAACAUAUUAUUAUCAUGUAAAAGAACGAAUAUCGCAGUGGUUGCCUCCUCCGCCAGAUCAUAUUGGAGUUCAACCAGAUUCGUCAUCGACUUCAGAAUCUAGUGAAGAAUCUAGUUCAUCCAACGAAGAAGAUGAAGAAAUUGACGAAGACAAUAACGAAGAAUCAAGAAACGAAGAGUUAAGCUUAAAUAACACUUUGAUAGAAAAAUCAUUAAAUGGUUCUAAGCAUAAUGUACCUAAAAAAAGUGCGGUUCAUAAUAUAAGCGGAUGUUCAGGUCUUUUUCCGGAAGGCAAGAAAAGAAGAGAGGGUUUAGUUCAAGAAAGAAUUAUUAGCCCACGUCGAGAAGAAGACCGUAUGGAUCACAAAACGCACAAAGGAAUAAAGGAGAAAUUACGACGUCAAAAAGAAAGAGCCAAGUUUAAAGAACACGUUGAGAAAAUACGAAGACAUCGCCGUAGUAACAAAUCUAAAUCGCAUUCACGACAUAGUUUAAAUAAAUUACAACUACCGUCGUCUGAUUUAUCCACAAUGUCAGAGAGAAAGAUUAAAGAUACUUUUAGGAUAAAUAUGGCGAAUGUCAUGGUACAUUUUUUGAAUCCGUAUAGGAAAAACGAUUGUAAACAAGGUAGAAUAACAAAUACGGAAGAUUUUAAACAUCUUGCUAGAAAGCUUACACAUUUUGUACUUGCAAAAGAAUUAAAACACUGUAAAAGUGUUGAUGAAUUACAAUGUAAUGAAAAUGUUAAACACAAAGCUAAAGAUUUUGUACGUAAGUAUAUGAGUAAAUUUGGCGCAGUUUAUCAGAAAAGCACUGAUGAAGAUUAAUUAUGUAACUUAUGACAUGAAAUUGUUAUUUAUUAUACGAAUCCUUCACUUUGAACAUUGUAAUAUAUCUACUAAAAAAAAUAUAUCCAAGUAAUGCCUGUAUGUAGAUAUAUAUAUCUGUAAUUAUCAUUAUUGUAAUAUAGAUGAAUUUGUACAUGCUUCAUAAACAUUCUGGUAAUUUAGCCAUUAAGAAAUUAGGAAAUUUCUAAUUUCGUAUAUUCAAUGUAUAAACUUUAUAUUUUCAUUUGGUAGAUAAUAAUAUGUAUGUUAUAUCUUUAAAAAAAAAUGCAUUUUAUGUCCUGCUAUAAUGUACAUCUUGCAUAAUUAUAUUAAGUAUUGAUUUUGCCUUUAAUUAUCAGUUUUAAAAAAUGACAUUAAAUAUUGUAUUGUGAAAUAAUCAAUAUCAAAAGUCUUAAAUAUUGUACAUAAUUAUAAAUUGUAAAAGAAUUUUUAACUGUUUCAUAAAAGUAAGUUGCAAUUAUUAUCUUCUUAAUGUGUAUAAAAAGCAAAUGAAAUUAAAAAUAAUAAAUUUUGCAUUUACAAACUUA